AUGUCUGUAUCAACUGCUGCACCAUUAUUAGCACUAUUAAAGGAAUCAGAUGAUUCUGUCAAAUCUUAUGCCUUAAAAAGUUUAAAUGAAAUUGUUGAUUCAUUAUGGUCCGAAAUUUCUAACUCCAUUACUGAUAUAGAAGCUCUUUACGACGAUACCAAGUUUUCUGAUCGCAAAAUCGCUGCAUUAAUUGCUUCUAAAGUUUAUUAUAAUUUAGGUGAAUAUGUUUCUGCCGUCAAAUACGCUUUGGCUGCUGAAUCAGCCUUUGAUAUUGAUGAAAAAUCAGAAUAUGUGGAAACCAUUGUAUCUCAAAGUAUUCAAAUGUAUAUUAAAAAUGCUACUGCUAGUUAUUUGGAUAAUCAAUCAAUAAAUGAUAUUGAACCUAAAUUAACUACAAUCUUCGAAAGAAUGAUGGAUAAAUGUGUUACAUCAGGUGAAUACAAAUUGGCUCUAGGUAUUGCGCUAGAGGCCUUCAGAUUAGAUGUUGUCGAAAACAUUUUAAACACUAGAGUACAAAAGGAUUCAGAAGCUGCAGCUUUGAAAUUAAUAAAUUAUGUAUUAACUGCCGCUACAACCACAGUAACAAACUCUUCAUUUAGAUCUAAUAUUUUGAACUCUUUAUUCAAGAUAUUAUUAGCAAUGAACUCCGUAGAUUAUUUUACAGUAUGCAAAAUUGUUGUAAACUUAAACGAUGCUAAUUUGGCAAUUCAAUUAUUUGACCAAUUGAAAGCUGAUGAAAAUAAAGAUAUUGCUUAUCAAAUUGCAUUUGAUUUGGUUUCAUCUGCUUCACAAGGUUUAUUAACUACUUUAAUGAAUAAUUUAAACUCAAAAGGUUAUGAUGAAACUGUCAUUGAAGUAUUAUCUGGUGUACCGACUUGUGAUUAUUAUAAUACUUUCUUACUAAAUAAUAAAAAUAUUGACAUUGGUUUAUUAAAUAAAUCUAAAAGUUCCAUCGAUGGUAAAUUCUCUUUAUUCCAUACUGCAGUUAGUGUAGCAAAUGGGUUCAUGCAUGCAGGUACUACUGAUAAUACUUUUAUUAAAGAUAAUCUACCUUGGUUAGACAAAUCAAAAAAUUGGGCUAAAUUUACUGCUACUGCAUCAUUAGGUGUUAUUAAUAAAGGUAAUUUAUCAAAUGGUAUGAAAACUAUGAGGCCUUAUUUACCUGGUAGUUUUUCAACUUCAAACUCUCGUUAUAUUAAAGGUGGCUCUCUAUAUGGUCUGGGUCUGAUCUAUGCAGGUGCUGGUAGAGAUGUUAUUGAUUAUUUAAAGAACCAAAUUAUUGAUAAUACUGCAAAUUCAGGUGAUGAAGAUGUUGAUGUUCUGUUACAUGGUGCUUCCUUAGGUAUGGGGUUGGCAGCAAUGAGUACUUCUGAUAAUGAAAUUUAUGAAAUCUUAAAAGAAGUUUUAUAUAAUGACUCUGCUAUUUCUGGUGAAGCAGCUGCUUUAGGUAUGGGUUUAACCAUGCUUGGUGCUGGAUCUGAAUCUUCAAUCCACGACAUGUAUAUGUAUGCCCAGGAAACUAAACAUCAUAACAUCACACGUGGUUUAGCAAUGGGUUUAGCCUUAAUGAGUUACAGUCGUCAAGAAUUGGCUGAUGAAUUAAUUGAAAAGAUGAUCAAGAAUGAAAAUGCUUUGUUGCGUUAUGGUGGUGCCUAUACUAUUGCCAUGGCUUAUGCUGGUACAGGUAAUAAUAAAGCUAUUAAGAAAUUAUUGCACAUAGCAGUUUCUGAUUCAAAUGAUGAUGUGAGAAGAGCUGCAGUUACAUCAUUAGGUUUUGUUCUUUUACGUGAUUACACAACUGUCCCAAGAAUUGUUGAGUUAUUAUCUGAAUCUCAUAAUGCACAUGUUAGAUGUGGUACUGCUUUUGCCUUAGGUAUCGCAUGUGCCGGUAAAAAUGUUCCAUCUGCUAUUGAAGUUUUAGAACCUUUAACCAAGGAUCCUGUUGAUUUUGUGAGACAGGCUGCCAUGAUCGCUUUAUCUAUGAUUAUGAUCCAGCAAACUGAAAAAUUGACACCAAAGGUCUCAGAAUUUAAUAAAGAAUUUUUAACCGUAAUUAAGACUAAACAUCAAGAAGGUCUUGCUAAGUUUGGUGCAUGUCUUGCCCAAGGUAUUAUAAACGCAGGUGGUCGGAACGUUACUAUUCAGUUGGAAAAUAAUGAUAUGGGUACCUUAGAUGCCAAAGCAGUUGUUGGUUUAGCAAUGUUUUCACAAUUCUGGUAUUGGUUCCCACUUGCCCAUUUCUUAUCAUUAUCAUUUGCUCCAACUACUGUUAUUGGUGUACGUGGUAGUGAUUUCACAAUUCCAAAAUUUGAUCUACAUUGUCACUCUAAAGAAGAAUUAUUUGCUUAUCCAAACAUGUAUGAAGAAGCUACUGAUAAAGAAGUUGAAAAGGUGGCUACUGCUGUUUUGUCUACAACAGCUAGAGCUAAAGUUAGAGCAAUGAAAACAAAGAAAGGUAAAGAAAGUCAAGAUUCAAAGAGUACUAAAGGUGAACCAACGCAAGACAAGUCAGACAUCAAAGAUGACCAGGAAAAAGAUAGUGAAAAAUCAGAUAAGUCAGGAGAUCAUGCAGAGACUGACACUGUCAAGAAUAAAUAUUCUUCAAAACCAUAUAACUUACCAAACAUGUCUCGUGUCCUUCCAGCUCAGGCAAGAUACGUUUCAUUUAAUAAAGAGGGACGUUUUACUCCAGUACGUAAAUUUAAAGGAGGUUCUGGUAUAAUCGUUCUAACAGAUAAGACUCCAGACGUUCCAGUGGAAAUGUUUGAAACCGUUAGACAAAGCCAAGAUAUUAAUGCCCCACUUCCUACACCUUUUAUAGUCGAAGAUGAAGUUAACUUUGACAAUCUAUAA